GGCACUGUGGAGAGGGCAAGCGAAUGGAUGGAAUGUGGCGGAGACGAACGCAUAAAUGGGCGGUUCCCGGGGGAUGCCGAGGGCGCCGGAUGCCCAAAAAGGGAAGCCGGGUCGGCCGAGAAUGGGACGAAUAGCGGAUCGGCAGGUGGUGGAUGAAUAAAAGUGUCCCCCUACCAGACAUCCGUCCGCGACUGUGUCUUCGUCCUCAAGUCGUCAGUGGUGCUCUUUGCCUGACCCUAUGUCUGCUUUAUGAGUACUACCUCUUUCUCUCCUCCUCACCAUCAUCCGCAUACUACCCUGACAACGUACGACAACAAUAACAUUCCAGUGAAUAACAAGGCGUCUUUGUCUCCCGCUUUCGCCUCACGCGCGCCCAUCCCGCUCCAGGGCCCAUAAGUACUGAGACCGUCCUGGGCGUGUCUCCAUUGCUUGCAAUCGCCCUUCAUGUUCUUCUCCGUCGCCCGGUUGCGACACACUCUCCUCUCCUCUCUUCUUUUCUCCGCUUUCACUUAUGCUCACGAGAGGGUCAUAUACACGUCUUCUGUCUCCUACUGCUCUCAACCCCAGGAGAUUCUCGUAGAGCAGCUCUACAUUGAGUACUAUCCCGCCAACAAUUCGAUCUUCUUCAACGUCUCCGCCGCCAGCGUACUCGACAAUUUAAAUGUGACCGCCAAUCUAUACCUUAAUGAUUACGGCGCCCAGCCCAUCAACUAUACCCUUGACAUCUGCUCGCUCUUCGGCGGCUUCCUGUGCCCUCUCCCGCAGUACAACUUUACCGGCUCAGAUUGGCUCACCAUCCCGUCUUCAGUCGAUAUUACAAAAGUGGUUCCUGGUAUCGCGUAUAUCAUACCAGACCUUGAAUCGUUCGCGCAGGUCACUCUGCUCGAGGUUGGCACCGGAGACGUGAAGGCGUGCCUGCAGGCAACCCUGGCUAAUGGCUGGUCGACUCAUCAGUAUGCGGUCGAGUGGACGACUGCGGCAAUUGCUCUGCUCGCGCUCGCGUCUGCAUUGUUGAAAUCAGUAUUCAGCAACAUACUCGCGCUCGCGCCCAUCCGCUUCCUCGACCUCCUCUAUCUCUACCAGACCAUCGCCUCCUCUGCUUUGCUGGGCCUCAACUACCCGACCAUCUAUACUUCCUUCGCACUCAACUUCUCCUGGGUGCUCGGCCUGUUUGCUCAAUCGUCCACCUCGUCCAUGCAGAACUCCAUCAACCGCAUGCGGAGCCUGACGGGCGGCGACGACUCCGACGCGAGCAGCGGUGGCAGUACUGCGUAUGUAAAUCGCCGACUGAGCCCCUAUAACACGGAUAUCGUGUUCCAGGCAUCAAAGUCACUGGUUGCGAAGGCGAGAUCCCUCCCAACGAUCGAUUUGUUCAAUUCAACUGCACGGAGUUUGCUAACAAGGGCGACGCUGAACAGUGCGAAGCGCUCCGUGCAGGACGACAUUGCCGUUGUCACGUCUGAAGACGGUGCAGAUGUCCUCCAAGCGGGCAUUCCCAUUUACGUGAACGAUAUCGGCAUCGCGACAGCAGACGCGUUUAUGACCAUCUUCCUUACUGCGCUUAUAUAUGCAGCAAUUGUCUUGGGUGCACUCGCCCUUGGCUUUGGCAUCUACUUCGGCCUCCGUCGCACAUCAUGGGGCAAGCAGCAUCUGAGAGACCUCCCCGCGUUCGAGUCCGGCUACCUGCCGUUCGCGCGUGCCUGGGCCCUCAGAGCAGUGUUGAUCACGGUGCUCCCAAUUCUCACCUUCAUCUUCUACCAGUGGACGCUGCAUGACUCGUGGCUGUCGGUAUUGCUUUCUGUCAUCACCCUCGUCAUCAUGAUGGCGCUGGUCCUGCCCCCCAUCUACUUCGUGAUCCGACCAUACCUGCCGCGGGUCCUCGCUCGUACCACCACCGCUACAGUUCCGACGUCGCACUCGUUAGCUCCUCUGACGGCGCCGUUCCGCUCGGAGCGCGUGUGGUAUGUCGGCGCCUUACUGAUUGCGAUAAUCGUCAAGGCUAUGGUGACCGCCUUCGGCCAUGCACAUGGGCUCGCACAAGCGAUCGUGCUACUUAUCCUCGACGUACUCUUUUUCGUAUCCCUGAUAGUCUUCAAGCCGUAUCGAACACGAGGCGCGGACGUUCUCCAAGGCUUCCUCGCGACCGUGCGCAUGGUCUGCUCCGGCCUUCUCAUCGCGUUCGCGCAAACUCUUUCCGUGAGCGCCAUUCCGCGCGUUGCGAUCGGGGUGGUCAUCGCGGUCAUCUUCGCCAUCGCGGUGAUCAUCAUGUUCCUCAACAUCCUCGUCAACCUCGGCCUCUGGCGCCUGUUCAUGCUCGUGGUGUGCUGUGGGCGGCGCGGCCGCAGGGGCGACCGUGCGCUGGCCAGCAACCCGAGCGAUUCAGACUCGGCGAUGCUCCGCGAUGGAGACGGGGACAAGGACAAGGACCUCGAUGUCGAGAAGUUCGGCGAAAAGAUGCCGACAGGUGGGGAAUCGCAUUCGCCGGGAUCCUCACAGGUGGACUUUCUCCGGCCUGGCAACCCGUCACCGCCAGCAACUGCCAUGCAUACACCAGUUACCGCCAGUAGCGAGCAUCCGAGCGUGUUCUCGUCAAGUACGGAGACAACGCUGGGCGAGCCCCUCCCGCGACGAUGGUCGUUCCAACACUCACGACCACCAUCAGAGUCGGAGGGGUCCCAGUCGACAGGCUCGUUCGCGACGGCGUCACCGACGACGCCAUCGUCCGCAUACCAUGCCCGAAGACAGAGCCGCAACCUUCCGAUGGCGGCGCCCGCUACCAUACCAGAGCGGUACUCUCACGAGGAGUGAGAAAGACGACAUGGACAUUAUGUAAGCAUGUAUCCCUCUGGCAUGGCGUGUUUCCAGACACUGCAUCCCAUCAUUCAUCGCGCAUCGAC